GGUCGUACGAACGUUAGCGAAGAUCCAAACGCUCUUCUUCCGCCGUCGUCCUCUCCCUGGUCAUACCAAUGAUCUGUCCUAGCUUCCACAAUCUAAACAUCAAACGGCCAUAAUUUAACCUUGUCUAUGGCAAUUAUCGUUUUCUCUCAUAGUUACCCCACUACUCUUUAAAAAUUCCGCCUAAAAAGAAAAAGCGUUCUCUCCCCUCUUUUGGGUCUUCAAUCAACGUGUACAGCAACUACCCAGAGGGUCUAGGGGCAGCUCUUUACAGAGAACCAUUUGACUUCAACGCCGAGCCGCCUUGGGAUCCUAGCUGAUAGUGGAAGAGUUCAUCCCUGGACUCAUCCAUUUUGUUGCAUAAAUCUAGGACCCCAAGGGCUCGAGGGGGAGUGAGCAAGACUACUUUGGACUAGCCACAUUCUUUAUGCCUGUCGGAUUGAAAGAAAACGGUUGAGAGAAUGAAAGGAAUCACAGAUGAACCACAAUAUUCUGUCAGCCUACUGGAGGGAGGAACAGCCCUCUGCGACGUGAUUGACAGUCACAUUGAUGAACAAACACUUUCAGAGAAGAAUGCAUUCUUUGUAGCAGACCUGGGAGUCAUAAUGAGGCAGCAUGUUCGCUGGCGAACUCACAUGGCUCAGAUUCGACCCUACUAUGCUGUGAGAUGCAACAGCAGUCCAGCUGUGAUUGAAGUUCUUGCCGCCCUUGGUUCUGGAUUCACAUGCAGCAACAAGUCUGAACUUGAACUGGUGCAGAGCCAUGGCAUUCCCUCUGAAGACAUCAUCUACAGCGGUGUUUGCAAACAGGUCUCCCAGAUAAAAUAUGCUGCUAAGAAUGGCAUUGACAUCCUCGUGUGUGAUAAUGAAGCAGAACUACGUAAAAUUUCUCGCUGCCACCCCAAUGCCAAGCUGCUACUACAGGUGUCAACAGAGGUAUCUAAUCCAGAUGAUGAGAUGAGCAUGACAUUUGGCUGCUCCCUCAAGGACUGCAGGCAUCUCCUGGAGAGUGCCAAGGAGCUUGGUGUGCAGGUUGUUGGAGUCAGGUCUCACAUUUCUAGUUCCUGUGAGGAUGAUCAAGUGUAUGUUCAUGCCAUCUCUGAUGCCCGCUGCAUCUUUGAUAUGGGAGAGGAAAUUGGCUUCAACAUGAACAUUUUGGACAUUGGAGGUGGAUUCAGUGGCUCGGAGACCCAUCUGGAACUGAUCAACAGUGCAGUCAUGUCUGUGGUGGACCUGUACUUCCCUUCGUCAAGUGGAGUUUCCAUCAUUGCUGAGCCUGGCAGCUUUUUUGUGUCUUCUGCUUUCACUCUGGCUGUCAGCGUCAUCUCCAAAGAGGUGGUGGCCCGUGAUUGCAAGGACCAGGAACAUGAUGAGCUAUCUCCCAACGAGGAGCCAGCAUUCCAGUACUACAUGAAUGAGGGAGUGUAUGGAUCCUUUUCCAGCAAACUCUCUGAAACACCAAUUGCUGCUCCCUCUGUUCAUAAGCAGAACACAUCCCUGGAUGCUCCAGUGUUCAGCAGCAGCCUGUGGGGUCCCUCCGGGGAUGACCUGGACCAGGUAGUGGAGCACUGCCUAUUACCUGAGCUCAACAUAGGAGACUGGCUGGUGUUCACACAUGCUGGGGCCUACAGUCUGGGUCAGCCACUGUUCACCUCCACUGAUUCACCACCUGUCUACUGCAUCAUCUCCUCCAGAGACUGGUUUGAGAUGCAGGACACUGGAGUCACCCACGAGUCUACACUGAAGAACUUCUCCUUGGUCCCUUAUUUUCUCAAUUCCUGCCAAACAGAGGCUGCACUGUCUGUCCCAGCUUAGCAAUCAUCUGACCUGGAAGGCUUAUUACUUUUCUUUGUGGUUUAUGCUGCUAGUAUCUUUCAGUCACCAGUGCAGAUAGUGUUCGAUAUUACUGGGACCAGACUGACCUGAACUGUUAUCCUCAUAAACCCCAGUGUAAAUGCAACAAAAUGAAUGACUCCAUAAAAUACAGGUGCUUGUUUUUCUUUUUCUUGUAGGAUUCCAGUUGACACUAUUGCAGUAGGAACUUAAGGGUCUUGGAUGAUCCUGUUUGACAGAUCAUCAAUAUAAUCAGUAUUUCCAUUAUUGUUGCCAGUCUUGUAAAGUAAUAUGUGCAGCCCUGAGUGAGGUAAUGUUUUAAAUAGAAACACUCUUCUGAGAUCUCGUAAGGAGAUUUGCUACAAGAGGUGUAUUUAUGAUUUCAACUGGUUUUAUAAUUUAUUUUGUGAUAAGAGCUUAAUACAUUUAGAAUCAGGUAUCCUUAGCGUUUAAAAUGGGACCGUGCAGCACAACAUUGCUGCAUACAUAAAGGUGAAUUUACUCCUCUUUAUAACAGUUAAAAGAGGAAAAAAAAAGCCAUUGUGAUUUGUGUUAUCUGUGGUGUUGCUAUGACAUCCAUCCAUUCCUGGAAAAUCAGUAGUAGAGUCUGCCACUGCUCUGGGUUAAAAGCUAAAGGUUUGGUGUUCACCAGUGUCUGUGGGGUUUUUUUUUUUUUUUUUUUUUGGCUGAAGUGCUGGGAAGCUUUCUUCUUAGGUGCAGCAGAGGGCCAGCAGGAUAGCUGCUGUGUCAACAGAUAGCAGAGCAAGAUUAGUAAACAGCAUGUGCUGCAGAUGGAAUCAAGAAAGUGCUGAUGGACAAAGUCAGAGGACAUGAGGUGAGAUUUUAUAAUAAAAAAAAAAAAAAAAGCAUUUAUGAUGGUUGAACUGUUACGCUGUUUCUAUUUCCAGUGUUAUUGUUUAUAAAUAUUUUUUCAACUUAUGUUGAAAGAAUAUUAUGGGAUUUUUGACUGUGCAGAUAUACUUGCAUAAUGUUUAUCAUAUCUGUGAAGUUGUCUCCCAGUCUGUCUAAGAAUGAUAAAUUAUAAAGCACUAGCCUAAUAACUUGUAGCUGUGCCCAUCAAAAUGAAGAGUAAUAAAAAAAAAUUUAAAAAAAGCUUGA